CCGCAUAACUCCUCGUGGUUUCCAAACCACGGGCGGCUGGAAUGGGGACACUUUUCUCCAUCUACGGCAACAUGCGAAGCGGGUAAACAAUAUGUAAGCGGGCGGAUAGUUUAUAAUCGCAAAGGACGGAUAGGCAAAUUGUCAUCAAUAACGGCUCGCACGCAGUACUAUGGAUUGCGCAAUAUCUCAGUGAGAUUGUUGCGAUAGGCGACGGACACAAUGGUGUAUCAGAUUUUCGAAACGACUUCAAGUCUAUUCAAUAUGCUUCUGUUUCUCGGAAAGUCUCGUGACCAUCUGCAACUCGCGAUUUAUCUGAUAGGACACAUCCGGAAAGGGACAACUCCUCAUGAAUCACUGAUCUUUUUUACGUACAUGUAAGGACACGAUUACUUCCGGAUCUCUAGAAAUGGCUGCGAAGGAUUGAUACACCAUUGCGGGACGCAAUCGUAUUCUCCGACGCGGCUCUCAUUGAUAAUCUAAUAUCCGUCGAUCCCGCUGGUGGGCCUCAGUAUAUAAAAGGGACAAGCCUAUGGAAGGAAUGAUCCCUAAUUUCCUCAACAAAAUCAGGACGAGACGAAGAAGACAGUUGUCGAGUAUCAUUCGCUCGACAAUAGUAUGGAAUAUGGCCUAUCAUCUGAAAUCAAACAGCAACAUGGGAUCAUGGACAACACGCUCUCAACCAAUGUCCUCGGGAUUUAUCUGCCAGCUCAAGGUAUCUCUGAGCGCGAUGAUUAUGAGGAUCCCCAAAACGAUGAAGUCCCUAUACAGCCAAAUCCGGACCCACAAAAUGUGGACAGAAAUAUCGUUCUUGCAGACUACUCUGGGUUUCUCUAUUCCGCCUUGUCUAACCGGCUUCCCAUCUGGCCUGAUUUCACUUGCUGUUGUUCUGAACAUGAUGACCAUCCGUGCUACGUGCUUGGGAGUGACUGUCCCUUACUUGCAUGUCGCCCAUAUGAAUGCCCUGAUUAUAGGGCAUUUGGGAUCAUUAGUGUUGGCGCACACGGCAUCAUUCAUCGUGCCACAGAUACGAGGAGGAAUGAAGUGGUCGCCAUCAAAGUCACCAAAGAGUAUCAUGGGUCGGAGACGGGCGACGCUCAUAUGCGUUGGGAAUUGUGGAAGAGGAGUUUUGCGGCACGGGAGGUGGCUAUGCUAGACGUGUGUGAUCAUCCCCAUAUUGUCAGACCUCGCGAUAUCGUUGAAUCACCAGAUGGCAAACUCGGGCUAGUCAUUGAUUAUUUUCCCGGCGGGGACCUACAAAAAUACCUUAGAACAUAUGGCUCCCUAUCCGAAUUUGAAGCUCGAUACACUUUCACUCAACUCCUUUCCGCAGUCACCCACCUUCAAGACAGACACAUGGUUCACCACGACAUCAAACCCGAAAACAUCCUCAUCGAUCUUGACGGCAACGUCGUUCUCUCCGAUUUUGGAGUGGCACACAUAUUCGACGAAUCUUAUGUGCCUGCCCUACCUAUUUGCGGAACGAUCGUGUACGCUGAACCUGAAUUGGUUGUUCGAAAGACGCGAUAUAGCCCGUUCAAGUGGGAUAUAUGGUCUCUUGGUAUCAUCCUCUUCUUCCUCCUCACAGGAAGGACACCAUAUAUUGGCUAUAAAGGAUUUCCGGGGCAUCAUGCGCAUAUCAUGGAUGUCUGUACUUUCGUCGCUUCCGCAUCUGUUGAUUAUCCAAGGUUAAUACCAUGGGGGCCAAGGAAUCUAAUGGAGAAAAUGUUAGAGGUGGAUUCGGAGAUGCGUGCGGGGUGCAGUCAGUUGUGGGAGCAUUCAUGGAUAAAGGGAACGUUAUGAAAAAAGCUUGGGGUUGGGAUGCCAUAAAAUGGGGCUAAGAGGUUACAUAUUUGGAAGUUUGGAAUCCCCUCUGCAAAGGCGCAGAAAGAAGGAAGAGGGAAUGAACACGAAUUGUUGCAGUGCUUGAUAAUUGCAUGCUUACUUUACAACAUGAUUGAUCGACGGCCUUUAUGCCUUCUAAUACACGCUUUUGAAAUGCACUACAUGAC